AUGUGUGUAGGGGGCAAGUGUCCUGUUGUUGGCAAUGUUGUCUUGUGGAGUGAUCACGGCAGGGGAGGAAUGAGGAUGAACGGUCUCAGGGAGAAGCGCCAGCAUGAUGAAGACUCUUACAUCUCAGACACCAGCUCGAGCUUCGAUCCCCCGGAGCCACACUUCGUAGCACCAGACACGCUCAUGUCGCCGAGCCCUCAGCAGGGCGCGAGAGUGCAAGACAUCGUUGACUGCGAGACUGUGAACGAGUCCACGAGCUUGUAUACAGUCGGACUUCGUCUAUCCGACAUGCUCCCUCACGUGGUGGAGGAUGUUGUUGAUGCGAGAGAUGCAUCGAACAGAAGCAGGAGGGCAGCGUUCACGGUCGGAGACAUCCUGCUAGGAAUCGACGAGUUCCCUGUUGAGCUGGCAAAGCCAGAGAUUGUAAAGAAGCUGCUCACUGGCAUCAAGGACAGUUUGGUGAAGUUAGUAUUCCAGAGGCCAGACAAGUCGUGCUAUGAUGUUGUCAUCAAGCGGAACAUCGAAGUUGAAACGCACGAAGAACAAAAGUGUCUCUAUGAGUUCGCAGAUAGAAGCAACUCAGAUAUUGCUCUUGAUCGCUCUGCCUUGGCCAUCCUACAGGUCAGUGUGAAGUCUCUUGAUUUCUUCUUUGAAUCUGGGAGCCUCCAGGAUAUCAGGAACAGUAUCUGUGACGUGCAUGAGAAACCAUUGGAUCUGAUCAGCCGGUCUUUCAUGACGGAAACCACUCUGGCAUUCCGUAUAGGAGUCGAGAAAGCCGGCGAUGGGACCAUUCGAUCCUGCACUGUCACUUCAGUUGUUCCUGGGAGUGUGGCCGACCUGUGCCACGGGCUGCAGGUUGGAGAUCUGAUACAUGCGGUGGAAGAUGCUUCAGUGAAGUCCAUGGGAGAAGACGAGCUGAUCGAGCGCAUGUACGGAGAUGGCCGGGUGGGGUCCAAGUGCAGGUUGACAGUGCAGAGCUCCAGGAGCGGAGAGAUCAGAGACGUGGAGGUACGGAGGACGAACGCAAGCGCUGCAAGUGAGAUGGAGGAUUUCUUCCUCUUGGCGCGAGACCAUUCGCAGCUCAUCUUCGAUGGUGUCGACAGUGUGGAUCUAGAGUACUCGCUCAGGCUGCUGUUGAAUCAAGCCAUCAACAUCGAGAGACUUCGAGUCAUCAACGAACAGUUGCUCUCCGCAAGGCUCACAAACCUUCAGUUGAAGUUGUUUCAUUGUCAUGAGGAACUCAUCAAGCGAAUGAAGCCAGCGAAGCUUGAGAGGUUCGAAAACGAUGAGAUGACAUUACAAGCGAAUUCGCAAGGAUCUUUAGUCAGCCAACAGAAGAAGACUACACACACCGAACAUGAUGAAGCUCUCCUUGAUAAAGAGAUUGCGCACAACGUCAAUCAGCUGCUCGCAAAUGGUCUCGGAAAAGAGCGUCUCAUCGAGAUUUUGAAGUCAAUCGCGGAAUACCCACGAUCGAGAACAGAGGAGGUGUUGCGUCUGCUGCGAUUCGGCAAGGGAGCAGGAGACGUGAGCGACCAGCUGCAGCCGAGGAUGACGAGCACAGACCUCAAGGACCUUCAGGACGCGGAGAAGUACUUCAGCCUCGAGCUCGAUGCUCGAGAGAAAGAGAACCAGGGCCUCAGAGCUGAGCUGGAAGAGACUUACCAGCACAGGGCUGUGCUCAUUCACGAACUGAAGGAGUUGAGGGAGUUCAAAACUAAGAACGAGGAAGCUCCUCAUACGUCUCCUGCCUCGGGCCCCUCCCUUCCUGCUGCUCCUCCUCCGCCUGCUGCUGUUGCCCCUUCCCCUGCUCCUUCUGCUGCUCCUUCUGCUGCUCCUCCCCUUGUCUCUCCCGCUGUUCCUGCCCUUCCUGGUACUCCAGCUCCUCUGCAGGUGAUGUUGCACGCCUUCGCUGCUCCCUCAAUCGCAAGAGUUGACGCGCAACAGGAUGGGGAGAGAAACGUCGAUGGAGCGACAAGAGAAGGCGACAAGAAGCCGGCUCAAACGCCGCACGCCGAUCAGCCCGCGCAUGCGCCGUCGAGUCGCGAUCGAGAAUCAGCCAGCGCCAUGGGGGGAAGGAAGACUGCUGGAGUCGGCAUGCUGCUGGAGAAGCACGAGGCGACUGGCAAGGUGUUCGUCAAGAAGAUUCACAGCGGAGGAUCCGUGGAGGGGGACGGGAGGAUUCGGGUCAUGGACCGCCUGCUCAAAGUGAACGAGCAAGUCGUGGACGACAUGUCGCUCGCUGAGGUCCUGGAGCUUGUCAAGGGUGAGGAAGGAACGGAGGUGUCCCUUGAGAUUGCUCAGAAGGUUGUUAGGGGAGGCAGCGUGGAGGAGGAGGUUUGCGAGUCGUCUCAUGUUGCUGAGAUCUGA